CAACAAAGUAUCCAACUCUUUGCGAUUAAAAAGAUGUUGCUUCGUGCAAGGAAAAACCGAGUCGGCCGUGCUCAGUGAUAGUGGAAUACGAUUGUUCUUUUUGAUCGGACGAUGAGCGUGAUAGAGGUGCUGCUUCUCGCGGUGCAGUUCUAUGUCGUUUCUGGAAGGUUGGCUGUCCUCAGAAGAAAUGAAAAUGAUCCCAUACGGAGCUGGAAUAAAAGAAAAUUGAUCUGUGUUUCGGACGACGACGGCGCGGCCCUGACAUGGAACCUUGAUUUGUCCGCGAGGACGCUUUCCAGCGACACCAGCAAUGCUUUCCGAAACCCGAACGAGUCGCCGGAAAAGAAUUUUGUGGACUGCAAGUUGAACGUCAUGAAAGAUUGCACCACAUCCUGGACCAUCACGGACUGGAAUCUGACGUACAGCGACAAGACGCUCAUGGGGCCGGUGUUCGAUUCUCGAUGGGAAGGAUUCUACGAGUACGACGCGAAAGAUUCGAACGGCUAUCGUCAGAUUCGCAAGUUAAACGGUAAGGAAGCGUUCGCAGUCUCCAUUAGGGGACCGAAGGAUGUCUACUUGCUAAUCUGUGCGAGCAACCAACAUCUCAAGGAUAGUUGCUAUUGGAUAGUCAUUGGUGGAUGGAGCAACAAGAAGUCCGCAAUUAGAAAAUGCGCGAAAGGCGUGCCAGAACCGUCCAAAUACUCGAAGGAUUCGACCUGCAAUGCGUUAAGAUCGUCUCACGAUCACAGACCACUUAACCCGCUCGAGUGGAAGACGUUCGUCAUGACUUGGGACCAGAGCACGAAGAACAUUACGGUUUACGACAGCAACAGGAUGAUCCUGACGUUCGAAGACGCCGAAUAUCAAUCGGACGCAAAGAAUAACGAUUUCAUUCUGUUCCUGUGGGGCGCAUCGGAGACGCUGAUUCGACUUCACUCGUACAAUUUCCUUCACACGACUGCGAACAACGCAGAACUGGUUAGUCCCGAGCUGGCUAUAACCACUAGCAACUUCUGCAUGGAAAUGGCAGUUGGAUUGUGCGCAGACUGCAGGCUGGAUUUGUCGCUGGUGAACACUUCUACGGGAGCGAUCCAGCAGGAAUUAGAAUUGAUCACGGGAGCUGCUAGCGUUCACGGUCUCCCCACGUGGCAAUACGUGAGGGUCAACAAGACGCUUUCCUCCAACCACUCGUCGGUCAAACUGAAAAUGUUCACCAGUCUCAGACAAAAGUCGCAGAACCCUUUAUGGGCAGUGGCGAACGUUCGCUCGUGUCCACCAGCAGGUUCCAUACGAAUGGAAAGCAUAAAAGGUUCAGUGGAUACUUCCGCGUAUCCUUAUGUUUGGCAGAGCAGCUCCUGUCAGAAACUUUUUUACAACGAGCAUACCGUCGUGUACACUUUGGAUGCCGUCGAAGCCGACUUGGAUUUCGAUGAUCUAGAUUGCCCAAGCGAUAAAGUGGGCCCGCACUGCUCUAUCAGCUGCACCAAUGAGUUAGAACUCGAUGAGAGUUGCAAGGACGUCAUCGUCUGCGGGGAAGAGGGAUGCGCUUGUAACCACGGAAUCAUCGGAUCCCGUUGCGAAAAAACUUGCGACGAGGAGCACUACGGGCGCAAUUGCGAUCAUACUUGCGGCUCGUGCAAGGGCAGCUGCAGUUUUCGAACCGGGGAGUGCGCGAAGGGUUGCGACAAUUCAAUGGGAUACAAAAUCCCGCCGUUUUGUCAAACAGGUAUCGAUCCACCUCCGUCGCCGAAGAUCCAUUUUCUCAACAGCACAGCAGUUGGCGUUAGUAUACCGCUGAAGAAAGAGUAUCAACAAGUGCACUUCGACUUCCAGUUACAGGAAGAAAGAAACGUCGACCAAUACAUCGACGUAAACGCUCAAGCAUCGAACAACGGCACCAAUUUGACCGGCAGCAGCGGCGCCUUGCACGCUGGUUACUCGUACCGUAUUCGUGUCAAUUUGUCGCCGAGCGACUUUCCGAUUAUCCUGGGCGAAUGGGAGAACUUCACGACGCCCUGCGACCCGAGCAGAAGCUUCGAGGUGGAAUCGAAGAGCACUAGCUUGAUACUGAAGUGGAAAGAACGAACGCCGAUCUCCUGCCCGGCUGGCUGGUACAAUUUCACGUUGGAGGACAGCAGGGCAGGUGACGAAAUCUACGAUGGAUCUCUCGGCAGCCUGCCGCACGAAUUUCUCGAUCUGAAACCGUACACUAGCUACCUGAUCAAGAUCACCGGAGAACAAAAGAAGCAACGAAUAGAGUACUUUCGGCAAGAAGUCGUGACUCUCGAAGCAGCACCGUCACAGGUGAGGAACAUCAACAGCAAAGUGACGCCGGACAUCGUUAUUUUAACGUGGGACCCUCCUCUGACUUACAACGGGGUCCUAAGGGAGUACAAGGUCGACGUGGAGACCGUCAAAUAUAUCGGCUGCAACGAUCUUGGCAUAACGCCUCCGACGAAAAACGUGACACUGUUCGCCACCGACAACGCCGUGCCAGUCUACGAUCUGCCACCGUACGCCGUGCACGUUGCAAAAAUCUCAGCCUGCACCACGUCGUGCGGCAGCGAGCAAGAGCAUCAGUUCAAGACCAACGAAGCUGAGAAACCGACCGAGACGUUCGACGACGUCAGCAUGAAAGGAUUCGUGCUGAAGUGGAAUCGGCCGAGAGACUGCACCACGAUCACCGGCAAUUUGGCGGCCAGAGUGAUCCUGAAGGGUAUCAGCGAAGCGGUGGCGAACUGGAGCAUCACGGAGAACACUAGCAAUGACUCCAACACUACCAACUCCUAUGUGCUCGAUUUGACCGGGAAACUUUACGGCGCGGAGACGUACGAAGCGAGAAUCUACGUGAUCCGAAAGAAGAGCGGCCAGCACAACGAAGACGCCUAUCGGAAGAUAAAUUUCACCACGCCAGCGAAAGCUCCGCCGCCGGUGCAGAUGCUGGAGGCGUACGAGAUCAACGAACUAACCGAAAACGACCCACCUAGCACCCAGUUCAAUAUAAGAUGGAAACAGCCCAAGCCACCCCUCAACGGGAAGCUGCAGUAUUACAUUGUAAAGUUCUACAAUGGCCGAACGGAUAUAAACGCGACAGCCCGUUGCCCUUUGUGGCCGCACUUCAUCUGCGCGACGAUCAACGUAUCUGAAAUACAAGCCGAGAUUCAGGUGUCAGCCGUGAACGAGGGCGUGAAGGAGGAAAGCGACGCAAAAACCCUCCUGGUGGACUAUGAUGUGGUUCGUCCUACCGCACCUAAAGUCUACCGACUCGAGGCUCUCCGUCAUGGAGUCGUGCUCGCGACCUGGUCCCACCCUUGGCUGACAGUUCAACGCCUUCGGCAGUUCGUCCUAAGUGUGCGACGAACGUCGACGAGGCUCCGAACGAGUACGCAGUUGGCCAGCUUCGAGAGCGAGUAUCCGGUAAAGGAGUACGAGAUUCAGUACAAUCAUCGAUUGAACCUAAUGCCAUCGUCCGUCUACGAAAUCACCAUUUUCGCCGAGACGAUCCAGGGUACAAUAGGCAUGGAGAAGCUCGAUUCUGUGGAAACUCCUUCGGCGAUCGAGUUCGAGAGCGAGCCGACUGUAGAGAUCCGCAACGAGAGUUCCAUCGUACUGCUGCAGAUCCCUGCGGUUUUGAACGACACGAGGGACAGCACGAUAAACGUGAUCGUUCUUCGCAACGAUACGAACUCGCGAGUUUGUAACGAUAACGCGGAGGCUGCUCGCAUCUUCUGCGAAAAGACGCGCAUCAAAUGCUAUGGGCCAGUGUGGUGGGCCGCCUCGUUUCCCUCGGACAAGUUCGCUGGGAAACAAACGUUCACGGUCGGCGGCGAAAAGUAUCGCGACGAUGCGAUCAACUGCUCCCUGCAGCAAGGGGAGUCUUACGUGAUCGAGGUUUCCCUGAACACCAAGUUCAGUGGCGACGAUAUUAUAUUCGCGAAACCGGUGCCAGUGCAAAUGCCCGGGGUCUCGAAGGGAUUCGACAUGGGCUGGCUUAUCCCUAUCUUCGUCAGUCUUAUCUUCACAAUCGCGGUUUUCUAUCUCUAUCGAAGGAAGCCGGCGACGGAUGUGAUUGAGCAAGAUGAGAUGUGCCUGACUACAAAUACGGCGAGCCUCAAGAAGAAGGAACCAAUUAAAUCGGACCCGAUUGUAACCACCACGUGUCUCACGCCUGCAGAACCGAGUCCGAAGAGCGUCACCUCGGUAUACGGCGACUCUGUAGUGCUCGUUAACUCCGAAGACACUAAUCAGAAGGAGAAUAACAGCAGCUCCCUGGUGAAAGUGAAGGACUUCGAGGAUUACGUGAAGCAAGCCAUCGAGUCGGGCCUCUUGGACAAUCAGUACAACCCGCUGCCCAGGGGCCAGACCAAGCCGUGGGACUAUGGCAAGCUGCCGCAGAACAAGCCGAAGAAUCGAUACGGCAACCUCAUCGCCUACGACGAGAACAGAGUCGUCCUGGAGAAGCUGCCGGACGAUCCGUACUCGGAUUACAUCAACGCGAAUUACAUCAAUGGAUACAAGAAGGCUAAUUGUUACAUAGCGACGCAGGGACCGAAGCCGAUCACGGUGAACGAUUUCUGGCGGAUGAUCUGGCAAGAGGAGAGCCUGAUCAUUUGCAUGCUCACGAACGUGAUCGAGUCCGAAAAGACGAAAUGCGAGCAAUACUGGCCAGAAAUCGGGAAGAAGAAGAAGUACGGGGAGCUGGUCGUGUUCAACGCUAAACACACCGUCUACGCCGAUUACACGUUCCGCACGUUGCACCUGACUCGAGGACAAGAGACCCGGAAGAUCAAGCAUCUGCACUAUACUGCAUGGCCUGAUCACGGGGUGCCACUGUCCACGCACUCGGUGGUGUCUUACAUGAAGAAACUGUUGGCAACGUCACCCGGAAAUGGUCCAGCUGUGAUCCACUGCAGCGCAGGAGUAGGCAGAACUGGAACCAUAAUUCUCUGCGACAUAUGCCUGCGAAGAGCUGCCGCAGAGGGGGUGGUCGACGUGUUCGCCGAGACUGUGGCUCUCAGGAACCAAAGGGCCAACAUGGUGGACACGAAGCAACAGUACCUGCUAGCUCAUUUGACCCUGCUCGAGUGCCUGCUCUCGAUUUCUACGUCCCUGACCUGCGAUCAAUCCUUGCCCAUGAAGAUCGACGAGCUGAAGAAAGGACUGGCCAUUCAGCAGAAGAGUCUAGAAAAGGCAAUCUGGCAAGACGAAGCUCUCAGGCCAGCCGCCAGCAAAAUAACUCUGUCGGAACGUAAUCUCGCCAAGAACAGAUACCCGGAAUUAGCAUCAGAGAAAAUGGGCAGAGUGUAUCUGAAGAGGAACCCGGCGACCGACGAGGACAGCGAUUACAUAUCCGCGGUGUUCGUGGACGGCGUUAAAAUGCGGGAUCAGUACAUAGCCACGCAAUUGCCAUUGCCGGAUACGCUCGGUGAUUUCUGGAGAAUGGUUGCCGAGUAUAAAAUCGAGUUGAUAGUUUCAUUGCAACCACCCGACCCGGAAGACCCGACAUGUUGCCCGCUCGUUCCGAGCCCGGACUUCACGCCGGUGCCAUAUAUAAACAUCAAGACGAAGAAAACGAUCGCCUCUAAUUAUUAUUCGUCGCAGAAGCUAACACUGGUCGACAACACGCUGAAGCCGGUUACGGAGCAACAAGUGACGAUAGUGAGUUCGACGGAAUGGAAAGCUGGCAGGUAUCAAGAGCCACCGUCGACGAUUGCAUUGAUGACAAUGUGGCAAGCCACAGAGACAAUUGCCAGAGGGGACGGGCCCACCGCCAUCCUCUGCCACGAUGCUACAACUGGUUGCGGGCUCUAUCUAGCCUUAAGUGUACUGUUAGAGAGAAUGGCAGUGGAACGGGAGUGCGAUGUUUGCCUGGCCAUUCGCUCGGUUAGGCGAUCCAAUCAUGGUUUCGUCCAGAGUCUGGAGCAAAUGGAGUACCUGUACGACGCGGCGAUCACAUUCCUCAAAUACUUCGAAACCUAUGCGAACUUCACUUGAACGGAUCCCGCUAAGUGGCGACGCAAUCGUCAUCGAUCAUUCGGUCCGCCCAGCAACUUGAUUCGAUCGAAUUCAACGAACUCGGACCGGUUUUCCUAAUAUGUGGGUCGUUCGACCGAUCAAUUAUACCGUUACGUAAUUAACAACACGAAACUCGCGGUUUCCCCCUCCCCCUUGUUUUUCCCUUGCUUUCCACCUGCGCAAGGCAAACGACUUUCAUUUCCCACGGGCGACAUCGCGAUUUAUCAUAAUCAUAUGCAGCAAUGACCUCGCUGCACGCCGAUCAUCCCUACCCCCACCUACCGACGCGCUGCGCUUACGUUAGACGUCUAUGGAUCGCAUAACCGACGUCUUCGGCCUCGUUAACUGAUCGUAAUAACGGCUAACAGGAGCAUAAAAGUUUCGCUUCGACGUACCAGCAUCGAUCUCAAUGUGAACGCGAUCGUCCACAAUGCGGUACAACCAUAAGCUAAUUGUUAGGUUCUCGAAUGAAUUAUUCAAUUUUUUUUCUCUCGCAGCGAUCAUCGUCGAGAUUUAUCGUCGCGGAGUUCUAAGUUUCAUUCUCCGAGAGGGCUGUGUUUUUCUAAAGAUAGCCAGGUUUCAUUUUCAGAAAUAACUAAGUUUUAUUUUUCAAGAUUGCUAAGUGUUAUUUUCAAUUAUAAUUAAGCGAUAGUUUCAGAGACAACUAAAUUAUACAGUCAAAGGCUAAAGUUUUCCGUUGCAAUUAUAGAUAAUUGUCCACCCGCCUGAAGAAAUUUGAAUUCGAACACCCGACGCUAAGGGCGCGCGAGAAUCGAAAAUGGCGGAGGCGAGAUCUCGAAGCACGCCGCGCGGAAACGGCGGGAAAUAGUUGUGCUGAAAUUGUUUUAUUAUUAUUUAAAUCCUCGAAACUUCGAGAACGCGAAUUAUCCUGGAUCGAAUGUUGUAUCUCGUCGGUCGACAACCUCAAAUAUUAUUUAUAUAUUCUUAAUACAAAUGAUGAAACUAAAUCGU